GGGACAUACAUGUAUUUUGAUUUUCCUUGCUCUGUUCUCACUCCAGGCAACAGUAGCAUUAUUUGAGAUACAAUAUAACGAAACCCAUAUUAAACUAAUCACCUUUUCCUGUCUCCCUUUCUCCUCCUGUUUCAGGUGGCCAUUAAAAUCAUCGACAAGACGCAACUAGAGGGCGAUAACAUCCAGAAGAUCGUCCGUGAGGUCAAAGUGAUGAAGCUCCUAAGUCAUCCACACAUCAUACGGCUCUACCAAGUGAUGGAGACAGAUAGAUACAUGUACCUUGUUACCGAGUACGCCAGCGGAGGGGAGAUAUUCGAUCAUCUUAUAUCGCACGGUAAGAUGACUGAGAGGGAAGCUCGGCAGAAGUUCAAGCAAAUCGUUGCGGCCGUCCAUUACUGUCACAAGCGAGGCAUAGUACAUAGAGACCUGAAGGCUGAAAAUCUUCUUCUUGAUGCCAACAUGAAUGUUAAAAUAGCAGAUUUUGGUUUCAGUAAUUUCUUUGAGAAGGACCAUCUACUGAAGACAUGGUGCGGGAGUCCUCCCUACGCCGCGCCAGAACUCUUUGAAGGCAGGGAGUACAACGGUCCAAAGGCUGAUGUGUGGAGUCUGGGAGUAGUAUUAUAUGUAUUAGUAUCUGGUGCUUUACCCUUUGACGGCAAGACGUUACACAACCUACGAGCCAGGGUGUUAUCGGGACAGUUCAGAAUACCAUUCUUUAUGUCAGAAGGUUGUGAGGAUCUCAUAAGGCACAUGCUGAUCCUGGACGCAAGUCGGCGCUAUACCACAGACCAGGUCCUGAACCAUCGUUGGACCAAGGGCGAUGGACCAGAUCCAGUCUUCGAUAAGAUGUUUGCAGAGCACAACGUACAGAGCAAUCAGGAAGAGCCGGUCAACGAGCUGAUCUUACAGCAUAUGGUGUCCAUGGGGCUGAAGACAGAAGCCAUAAUGCAGUCUAUAACGAACCAAAGUUACGAUGAAAACAGUGCAAUCUACCAUCUCCUGCUGGACAAGCACCGGCGCCACCUGAAGGCCGCGGAGGAGAGCCAAUCAGCGGCGGCCCUGUACGCCCUGGCCCUCGGGGAGGGCGUGGCCGCUCAGCGGAACCUAAUGCUCGGCGAUCAGAUGAUUCCCCAAGUCAAUGUGACGAACGAGGAUAACCAAGUCAUUCAGUCUAAUGACCAACUAGAGGAGAUGGAUAGCGACCCAGAGGAGCCCAGCCCCGAGGCCCUCGCCCGCUACCUCCAAAUCCGUAGGAACACCGUCAUCCCCGGGGACCCCUCUGGCCACAAGGUCCCCGCGGCCUUGCGAGCCAAGCUCCCUGCCCCUCCCCAGCUGGCCGGUAUGGGGCUAGGGGGUAUGGGGCUUGGAGGGGGAGGGGAGGGCGACGCCCACCUGGCUGGCUUGUUGGGGCUGCCCUUUGGUGGGGCGGGUGCUGCGUACAACAUCAACUUGCCACAGAACUUGCCUCUGUUGAAUACUAUGCCCAACCAAGCGGAGCAACAGCUUACAUACAAGGAGCAGAAUCUGCUGAAGCCGCCCGUCCUAGAAGCCACCGCCGGGCAGUCUAGCUUUGGUCGCAGGGCGUCCGACGGGGGAGCCAACAUGUAUCUCAACAUCCAGCAGUUCAGAAAGCAGCUACAGACCACCGUCCGCACCAGCCAGCCCGGGGACAUCGACGCAACUGGACAGUUUGGUGCUGAGACAUUACAGCAGAGAUUAUCCGAUACAACUAUGCCAGAGGAAGACGAGAACUCGGACGGGGAGCCUGAUGAAGAGGCAAUACGAAGAUAUCUUGACAAGGGUCGCUGCCGGCACACCAUCGGUCCCGACGUCCUCACAAACAACGACAUGCCUCUCGUCUCCCGCCCCCGACACAAUCGCUUCCUUCAACCGGAACGCUCCCUGCACCUCUUUGCCUCCACCAACGCACGGCGGGCCUCCGACGGCAUGCCCAAUCUCCAGUACUACCAACGGGAGCGUCUGGAACGGCUGGCCGCUACCGGAGGGGGUAGCAGCAGUAGUCAAAAGAGCUCUCUCAAGCAGCUUCAUAAGGAGUGUCAGCAGUUACAAAAGCAGUUCAGCUCCCCCAUCGAUGCACGAGCACAGGAGCUGCAAAUGCAGAUGCAACAGCAUCAGCAUCACUUACACAAGGAGAAGAUGCAAACUGGAUUGUUGUCCCAUUCACCAACGGGAAUAUCCAGCACUUCGCCCCAUCUCUCCCCAGUCUCGUCUCUUCGUAGUGAUCUCCCCAUCGCCGACAUCCAGACCCAGCAUCUCCAGCAACACCUUCAGCGUCUGCAGCUUCAACGCCAGUCGGACAGUCCACCAAGCCUGCGCAAGCUACACAGCCCUGGCAGCAGAGGGAGCCCUCCCCUGUCCAGUUCCCUUCCCGUCCAUCCAGAGGAGACGGGCGUCGAGAGUCCGACGGAUACGAGGUUCCCGACGAAUCCUCUGGACACGAUGGUAGGGUCACCGCAUUCAGUUUGCAGCCAGCCUGAAGAGUCGGUUCCGAGUCCAGUCACGGCUCAUUCAGUGCACUCGCAUCGCGGCGUGGAAGUGCACCUGAACGGUCCGGAUCGGUCGAAUCAAGGGUCGGGGAGUCUUCACGGGGCCGGGAGCCUGGAGCAUGUUGGUUUGAAUGGACCGCUCCUGCAGGAGAUGGAGGAGACCAGGGAGCGUAGAGACAGUAACCAGAGCCUUGAGAGGGAGCAACGUAGCUCCAGUAUCGACGCCGAGCAGCUGAUGCAGGCAAUGGCGUACCAACAGCUUCACAUGAUGCAGCAGAACUCCAACUACACCAACCAGCUCGGCAUGGCUGGCAGUCCCGAUACCGUCCAACACCACCUCCAGCAGCAGCAGCAUCCGCUCCAGCAGGGGAACCCCCUUCAAGACUUUGCUCACCUUGCUCACAGACACUUGCAACACCACACCAGUCCCCUCUCGGCCGGCGUCCCCACCGAGCCCCUCCAGAUAGGAAUGUCGCCCUCUAUGGGCAUCCAUCCCCACUUGCCUAACCCGUACCAUCCCUCGGCCACGCAGGCCUACCUGGCGGCCCAGGCCAACCGAGAGCUGAACGAAGCCUUGCAGAAUGCUGCCCCCACGUCCAUCAGCAAUGAGGUUCCGGGUGGGGGGAUGUCGGCAGUGCCUUUCAGUCAACGCUAUCUGCUUCCUGCCAUGAUUCCUUCCCAGCUGCAGCAGCAGGCGCAGGAGUACGAGGAAGCGGAGCUUCAUCACCAGGUGCUAGACAACACGACUCAGAAUCAAGAAAUGCAUUCCAUCAGUGGGUUUCAAGGACUCUUCCACUUAGGCUUCCGGGGGAGCCAGGGUCAGCUACGCAACCAUCAGCGUCACCACUCGGCUCACGCAACGACCGGGCACGUUCAAACCCAGCUCCUGCAACGGACCUUUCGCGUUCCUUCCGGCGAUCUAUUCAACAUGGCAAACAAUAAUAACUCAGGCAUGACCGCCAUCGGUCUCGUCAAACUCGACUACGAGGGCGGUGUUCCGCCGCUGAUUCGGCAGAGCAUGAACAUGAGCUGUAUCUCCUUGAGCGACUCGUCGGACCUCGCGAGCGAACCGUCGCCGAUUAAACACGCCAAAUCGUUCAGCAUGACCACGUGUAAAGACCUCAACGAAAUUGUGAAUGAGAUUCGAAGGACGUUGGAUCGUAGGCAGCCGGAUUUAGUUUACACGAACAACGAGAAUAUGUUUGAAUUGCAACAAUACGGUGUCGAGAUGGAGAUGGAGGUGUGUAGGGUACCGGGCCUCGCGCUUAACGGUCUCAAGUUACGGAAAAUCGCGGGAGAUGCAAGUCAGUACAAGGAGUUGUGCAGCGAAAUUCUUCAGACCAUGAAGCUCUAGCAAGCCAAAGGCAUUUAAUCUGUUUUAAUAGCACAAAUGGUGAAAACGUUUGCAGUAUUUAUCCCGAGGGAAGCACAAGUUAUCAUCCAACUGGUCGUGGUUAAUGGAGUGAAGUUGGGUGCAUGAAGAUUAAUCUGUCCCAAAUCAAGUGUUGUGAUUCUACUUUGGUCUACCAACACAGAAACAUGCAUUGUUCUGAGGAAAGUUUUGUUGCAAGUUGGAAUUAUUUGUUAUGAUCCCCGUCUCCCAAGUUUUUUUAAAUCAUCCACAGUCGACUUGCAAAUUUGUUUGAUGUCACUUUAGUUCAAAUUGUCAAUGAAGAACCAGAAGGGCGUUAUGUCUACAUUAAAGUAAAGCAUUUAACCCCCUCCUGCCUCUCAUGAGAUAGCAUCCACUUCAGGACCCUGUUGCAUAGAACUUACCAUUGAUGGUAACUUUGCCAUCAAUGGCAACUACCAUGGUAACAGGGCUCAACAGCCAAUCAAAAUCAAGGUUUCCAUGGUAGUUACCAUUGAUGGCAAAGUUACCAUCAAUGGUAAGUUUUGUGCAAAAGGCCCUGAUCAAAUCUCCGCUCAGAUAUGAAGCCGUAAACUGCAGCAUUUUUCUUUUUCCAAACAUGUACUUGAAUGGCAACUGCGCGCUACAAAGGUGCUACACAUGUUCACUUAGCUCUGUGUUGAAGCAUACAUAAAUGUGAAAUGUAUUUAAUACACUAAUAGGUCAUUAUAAGAAAGAACGCAGCGGUUUAUUGUGUCGUAUCUGAGCGAGGCUUGACAAACAAACUAGUGUUCCAUACAUGAGACAACUUGCCCUUUGGCUUGCAUCAAGCAUCACAAAAA